CUGUCAGACUUUACGGGAAUCGACAUAAUCACAAACCUGUUUUCCUGGACGUGUUCUUAGGAAAAUACAGCAGAGACAGUGCUGUAAAAGACGUUAUUGUAAAAAAAGAUAAACUUUGGGAUUUUGUCCGAACAUCUUCUAAGUGUAAAAAUCGUCGAGACUCCUAUUCUAGUCCAUAUUCGGGACAGGCAGUGGACUGUCUUCCAGUUACUGGUGAGGCUGGUGUUGAACAGGGGAGUGCCAUGGAAUUAGGCAGGCAACUCUUGGCAAAGAUGAGAAAAAAGAAAAAGACUGACCACACAUGUUUACUUGGGCCAAAAGGCCUAGAAGUCCACUUUUACACUCCUGCCAGCCAGCCUCUGAUCAAGUUCAGAGGUUGCCACACUGUCGAGGAGUUGUGCAUCGAGUGUGCUAAACAGUUUGGGAUUUCGCCCCUCUGCCAAAGUUUGUACGCUCUGUAUGAUGAGGAAAAGGCUAUGUGGUACCCUCCAAAUCACCAAUUCAAAGCCGAUGGAGCCAGUCAGAAGCUGUACUAUCGGCAAAGGUUUUACUUCGCCAACUGGCAUGGUUUGCAUCAGAAUAAGCAGGCGAUCACUAGGCAUUGCCUGAAGCAGAUGCCUCCAACUGGCACCGCCAUCCUGGAUGCCCCCUCCCUGGCGUACCUCUAUGCACAGAGCCAGCAUGACUUUGUCCAUGGUAUGGCCCCAGUGCGCUCUGCACAGGACAUCGCAGACGGCCGCAACAUUGAGAAUGAGUGUCUUGGGAUGGCUGUGCUGUCCGUCUCCCAUGACUCCAUAGACAGAGAGAACUCAGAUAUAGCCUCUCCUGCUCUGAAAAUAAGCUACAAAAGACACAUUCCAGAAUCAUUGAAACAGUCCAUCAGUCAGCGCAACCUCUUCAUCCGGCUUCGCAUAUCUAACGUCUUCAAGAGGUUCUUUGAGCAGUUCAGCAAGAUGACAGUGAAGGAGAGGGCAGUGACCCAGCUGGACUUGAAGCUGAAGUACAUUGCCACUCUAGAAACCCUCACAGAAGCAUUCGGCUCUGAACUGUUUGAGCCCGUCUCUCUCAGGACCUCGGACGGCAAGGGCAAUGCAGAGGGCCAACCUCUCAAACAGCCCAUUCGUUACCAGGUGCUUGUGUCGGGGACAGUCGGCAUUCAGUGGCGCCUGAAGCCAGCUGAGAGUGAAAUGCUGCUGAAGGAGAAAUUUGACUCAAAGAAGAACAAAAAGGAAUGUCUCUUGAAAAAAGAGAAGGUCAAAGACGACCAGGGCUGGACCCUUUUCUCUGACUUCUAUGAGAUUACUCACAUUAUCAUCCAAGAGUCAUUAGUCACCAUUCAUAAGCGGGAUCACAAAGAGAUGGAACUCGACUUGGAGAAGCAUGAGAAGGCAUUGUCUUUUACCACACUGGUGGAUGGGUACUUCCGGCUUACAGCAGAUGCGCAUCACUUCCUGUGCAGAGAGGUUGCCCCGCCUUCGGUGGAGCUGAACAUUCUUGAGGGAUGUCACGGGCCAAUCUGUACGGAGUAUGCCAUCCAUAAGCUCCAAGGAGAGGGUGCACGCAAGGGCAACUACGUGCUGCGCUGGAGCAGCACUGACAAUGAGCACAUCCUCCUGACCAUAGCCUGCAGUGAGGACUCAGAGAGGAAAAAAAGCUACAAGAACUUCCAGAUAACGAAAGACGGUGACAUGUUUGUGCUGGACGGCACAGAGAUGCGUCACGGCAGCCUGAGGGUGCUGAUGGAUCAGCUGGAGGGCCAGCAGCUGCGCUCAGACAGCAUCACCCUGCAGCUCACCAGGGGCUUCCCACCCGAGCCCAAAGAGAUUUCAAACCUGCUAAUUGCAACAAGAGCACAUGAAGAAGAAAACAUCAGCAACAAUCUAGUGUUCCACAAAAUUCUGAAAGAGGACUUAAUUCAGAAGGAGCAUAUGGGCAAUGGAACCAAAACCAGCAUCUAUGGAGGAGUUCUGAAGGUGUACGAGGAGGACGACUGCCUUAGCAACCAGGAGGUGAAGGUGGUCCUGAAGGUGCUGAACGCUGGACACAGGGACACUAUGUCUGAUUUCUUGGAAACAGUUAGUAUGAUGCGUCAGGUUUCUCACAGACACAUUGCUCUGCUGUAUGGGAUAUGCAUCCGGAACCAGGACAUACUCAUGGUGGAGGAGUUUCUGCAGUAUGGGCCCGUUGAUAUCUUCAUGAGCAAAAACAGCUCCAGCCUCACGCCCGACUGGAAGUUUCAAGUGGCCAAGCAACUCGCUAGUGCCCUAAGCUACCUGGAGGAUAAGAAGCUGGUCCAUGGGUUUGUGUGUGCCAAGAACAUUUUGUUGGCCAGAGAUGGUGUGGAGAGAAGCCUUCCCUUCAUGAAGCUCAGUGGCCCGGGAGUCCCCAGCACCUCUCUGUCAAGAGAAGAGCGGCUGGACCGUAUCCCAUGGAUAGCCCCCGAGUGUGUGGAGCACCAGCAGGUGGUGAAUAUGGCGGCUGACAAGUGGGGCUUUGGCAUCACCAUGUGGGAGAUCUGUCACAACGGGGAACGGCCCCUCAAGGGCAAGACGCUCAUUGAGAAGGAGCGCUUCUAUGCAGCCAAAGGCCAGCUGGUGAGCAACCAGGCCAGCCAGUUGGCAGACCUCAUGACCAAGUGCAUGAACUACGAGCCCAAACAGAGGCCGUCCGCCAGAGAUCUGUCCAGGGAUCUGUCUUGGAUAGAGAUGAAAGAUCCUACCAUAGUAACACAAGAGAUGCCAGGGGUGCUUGACCCAACUGUGUUCGAUAAGAGAUUCCUGAAAAAGAUCAGAGAUUUGGGAGAGGGCCACUUUGGCAAGGUGGAGCUGUGUUUGUACGACCCGCAUGACGACCACACGGGAGAGCAGGUGGCCGUGAAGUCCCUGAAGACGGAGGGCGAGAGCGGCGAGGGCGUCAACCUGCUGCAGGAGAUCAACACCAUGCGGGAACUCUACCACCAGAACAUCGUCAAGUACAAAGGAGUGUGCACCGAGGGAGGAGGACAAAUCUUCAAGCUGAUCAUGGAGUACCUGCCUAUGGGCAGUCUAAAGGACUUCAUGCACAACCACCGGCUUCAGAUCAGCCACAAACAUCAGCUUCUCUACGCCAAACAAAUAUGUGAGGGAAUGGUUUAUUUGGGGUCACAAAACUACAUCCACCGGGAUCUGGCAGCACGUAAUGUGUUGGUGGAAAGUGCAAAUCUGGUUAAGAUAGGGGACUUUGGACUAACCAAGAGCAUCAAAAACACUACGGCAAACUACUACAGGGUCAGAGAAGAACAAGACAGUCCAAUAUAUUGGUAUGCACCCGAGUGCCUAGUGGAUCGCAAGUUCUUCACAGCGUCUGAUGUGUGGUCUUUUGGAGUUACUCUCUUCGAGAUCAUGACCUAUUGUGCAGUGAAGCAGAGCCCUCCAGUAAUGUAUUCACAGAUAAUUGGCCCUGCCAUCGGUCAGAUGGUCAUGACCAGACUGGUGGAGAACCUGCAGAAGGGACGAAGACUACCCUGUCCAGCAGCCUGCCCUGGCACAGUCUACACCCUGAUGAAGAGGUGCUGGGAGCUGGAGCCUCAGGACCGCAUCGACUUCCAAGGCCUCAUCAGAGAGUUAGAUAUACUCCUGUCCCAACUGGACCAACCGCUGAGCCCCUGAGAACUCCAGCGGAGCAAGACAAGAGCAUUGAACAUGGUCAACGAGCCUGAAGCAAUACAGUAACCACAGCAGUCAUUUUUUAAAAGUCACACAAUAAAUGUAGCAUAAAUGAAGUUUUUUAGACAGUUAUAAAGUUACCACAGUAUGAUUUACCAUUGACAGAGGUGUCAGUCACAGCGUUAGAAAGUUGAAAAAAAACAGCUCUUGCCUGUUUUGAUCAUUCCAAAUCUAAACCAGAUUAUUCUAAGUACACACAGAUGACCAGGCUGGUAAUAUCAGCCAAUUGGUGAGCUCGCUCGUGUGGCGGCCAUUGGAAGAGAGGAUCACAUGGCAGGGUUUUUACUUGAUGAGGCUAUAUGAAUGACAACUCUGGCCAUAUAGUAUAUUGUACGUAUGUAAUGUGUCCGUAUAUGUCCUUUCAAAUGUAAUAUGACAUUUUGGCCUGUCAGGCUGAAAAACUUUUUU